CGGUGCGGCCAGGAGAAUGAGCUGAAGGCUUCAGCCAGCACUGGGAGCACCUUCCUGACUGCGAGAUAAAAUUACCUUCCGGGUCAUACCUGUAUACGGAUAAUGAGCUUUUAUUCUUGCCGCUUGGGUCAGAAUUUGCCCUGCUAAGUCUUAAAGAAGUCUUGUACAAGAUUAGAAGUCGAGCUCUCUCUUCAGAUUUUUUUCACUCCUUGGAAAAGCAAAUUUAACUUGUGAUUUUCUGAAAGAAAUGUGAACAAAAUAUUCAGCUGCACUGUCCAUAGGAAGCUUCUUUUUAGAAGAGUUAAUGCAGCUAACAGUCUACUAUGUUGAAAAUUCAUUUCCAGCCUGAUGAAUCCCUUGACCUCAAACUUCAAUUGAAUCACUCUUUAGUCUUUCUGAAUGUGGACAUCCUAUCUUUAGAACUUGAUAUUUAUGGCGUUUAUCCAAGUUACUAACAUUGUUGUGAGUUUCCUAGACAAGUGGCAAGACUUCUAAGAUAUAUUUAACUACCUUCAUGUUCCGAAGUGAGGAAGCAAUCGGAAGACUUUGCGAGAAAUGUGAUGGCAAAUGCGUGAUCUGUGACUCCUAUGUGCGGCCCUGCACUCUUGUGCGCAUAUGUGAUGAGUGUAACUACGGCUCCUACCAAGGGCGCUGUGUGAUCUGCGGGGGUCCAGGAGUGUCUGAUGCCUACUACUGCAAGGAGUGUACCAUCCAGGAAAAAGAUAGAGAUGGUUGCCCUAAAAUUGUCAACCUGGGCAGUUCCAAGACAGAUCUCUUCUACGAAAGGAAAAAGUAUGGCUUCAAGAAGAGGUGAUCCUAUCUGUACGUGGCUACGCCUCCUGUCAGGUUGGCAAGAGGGUCUUGGAACAUCUCUGGACUUUACUAUUACUGGAAACCGGUUGAUUAUUUUUUUCUAAAGCAGUACAAAUUCAGUAGUAUACUUGGGGUUGGAGAAGUAACGGACUGAGUGGGGACUGAAACCUGAUCAGAACUGACUAUCAGAAAGAGCAAAUGAGGAUUACUGUCUCUUGCCUUUUCAGAAGCUCUGCUAGUAGCUGCCCCAGCUCACUAUAAAAAUCUUGGUGGGCAAGUAUUUGCACAUGGAGGAGACCAGCUCAGUAAAAAGCAAGUGCCAUUUCUGGUGUGGGGAAACACCUUGCGGUUGUUCUUACCAGGCCUCCUCUCAACUGCGUGAAAUUGCCCCAUGCGUCAGUAUUGAGGAACAGAGCACCGAUCCCAUAUGUCCGCUCCCCCCCUCCCUUCCUCCAGUAUAUUUCCAUGCUGCCCUGUUUUGUAAGGAACCUGCUCAUGGCUGGUGCCUUCCUAGGGAGAGCACAGCUGUUCCAUGUUUUCUUUGACAGAUUAAUCCAAGGCCCUUUCUUGUAACCAUUUCUGUAGGAUGCAUACCAAUAAAGCUUCUUCUUUUGGUUUUUUUUUGUAUAA